GGAGCACCGCUAGGCCACGCCCCCACGCGGCCUGUGAAACGUCUCAGCGGAGCGUCCACCUACUUCGCAAAGGCUUGAAAAGGGGUGGAGCCUGGCGACGUCCGCUGCGACCGCUGCUCCUUUGCGCAGACUCGGGGGCAAAGGGGGCGUGGUUACGUCAGCGUCUGCUCUACCUGGCCGGAGAAGAAUCGGCUGUCCAAGUGGGUCGUAUGGUGUUCCCGGCCAAGAGGCUGUGCGUGGUGCCAUCCAUGGAGGGCGUUCGCUGGGCCUUCUCCUGCGGCAACUGGCUGCCGAGUCGGGCCGAAUGGCUUCUGGCGGUGCGGUGCAUCCAGCCCGAGGAGAAGGAGCGCAUCGGCCAGUUCGUGUUUGCCCGCGACGCUAAGGCGGCCUUGGCUGGUCGUCUGAUGAUAAGGAAAUUAGUUGCAGAGAAAUUGAAUAUCCCUUGGGAUCGUAUCCGUCUGCAGAGAACUGCAAAGGGCAAGCCUGUUCUUGCGAAAGACUCGUUGAAUCCCUAUCCCAAUUUCAACUUUAACAUCUCUCACCAAGGGGACUAUGCAGUUCUUGCUGCAGAACCUGAGCUACAAGUUGGCGUUGAUAUCAUGAAGACUAGUUUUCCAGGUCGUGGUUCAAUUUCAGAAUUCUUCCAUAUUAUGAAAAGAAAGUUUACCAACAAGGAAUGGGAAACAAUCAGAAGUUUUAAUGAUGAAUGGACUCAACUGGAUAUGUUUUACCGGCAUUGGGCACUGAAAGAAAGCUUCAUAAAAGCCAUUGGUGUUGGAUUGGGAUUUGAAAUGCAGCGGCUUGAAUUUGAUGUAUCUCCAUUAAACAUGGACAUCGGCCAAGUUUAUAAGGAAACACGUUUGACUUUGGAUGGAGAAGAAGAAAAAGAAUGGGCCUUUGAGGAAAGCAAAAUAGAUGACCACCAUUUUGUUGCCGUGGCUAUUAGGAAGCCGGAUGGAGCUAGACAUCAAAAUGUUUCAUAUCAAGAUGAUUCUAAGCCAUCCCAGAGGCAGUUUACCGUUCUUAACUUUAAUGAUUUGAUAGCAUCUGCUAUUCCUAUGACACCUGAGGAUCCUUCAUUUUGGGACUGUUUUUGCUUCACAGAAGAAAUUCUAAUACGAAAUGGGAGCAAGUCAUGAUAGGAUUCUUUUAGUAAGGAAAAUAAAUGAAAAGGGUAAUCUUGUGUAUUCACUGAAAUAAAUUGUCGGAUGUGAUCAAAUUUUAUUUAACAAAACAGUUUUUAAGAUCACAUUUCCAGUUCAGUGGCUUCAUUGGCUCCAUUGCGUAUACUUACUUCUUCCUUCCAGAAUUGUAAUUAAUAGAAAGGAUGACAGAAUCUUCCAAGGAAAUGUGCAUUUUAGAAAGAAAAAAUAAAGUGUAAACAUGCAGAAGGCAAGCAUUUCACCUUGUUUUUCAGUGAACUACUCUAAAAUUUCUGUUAUCUUUCCAGUGACUUUUGUUGCAAAUUAAUCCAUAUUAACUUUUCUGAAAGUGGGGACAUAAUGUUUUGUAGUUAGAAGAAAAUACAUCUGCCCUUCAUAACUAUUUCAGCUGCAUAAACUUAGUUGUUCUAAGUUACAGUCUUGUAUGACAUCUGUUUGGCACAUAGCACAAGGUUUAAGUUGUCACCAUUACAACACUCAUUUUGCCUUGACUGCAGCCAGGUUUAUGUCUCUAUAAAGUUGUCACAUUUGUUUUAUCAGUGAUAAAUUAGCCUCCCAAAGAUUCCAUCAACUCAGAUUUUUUUUAACCACUGUCAAAAGUAAAUUAUUGGAAAAGAAAAAAACUAAGCGUGUUGUCUUAUUUAGGGUUUCACUGUUUCGAAGAGACACCACAACCAUGGCAGCUCUUACAAAGGACAACAUUUAAUUGGGGCUGGCUUACAGGUUCAAACGUUCAGUCCAUUAUCAUUAUGGCAGGAAGCAUGGUAGCGUCUAGGCAGGCAUAGCCAUGAAGGAGCUGAGAGUUGUACCUCUUGUUCUGAAAGAAGCUAGAAGACUGGCUCCCAAGUGGUUAGGAGGAGGGUCUCAAAGCCCAUUCCCACAGUGAUACGUUCUCCAACAAGGCCACGCCCACUCCCACUAAGUCAUAUCUAACAGUGCCAUUGUCUGGGCCAAGCAUAUUCAAACCAGUAUACCUGGUGUGGUUUGGGAGAAUUUUACUGAUGUCACACUGCUGUGGUUGAGGAAAAUGUACCAUAGUGUACUCAUUUCCAUUUUCAUGUUAGGAGUUUUCAUUGUCUGUGUCAUUACUGUAAGCAGUACUACAGUGAAAAUUCUGUGGCUUUCUGAGGGACAUUGUUAUGCCCUGUAGACAGGAGUGAUUGGUUCAGAGAGUUUAAACAGCUUUAGGUAUUACCUUGUUGCUCUUGAAAAACUGCAGUUUAUGCUUCAGCUAGUCAUGUUUGCACACUACUUGUGCCCUCUGAUCUAACUGCAGGUAUUACCUUGCUUUUGUUUAUCUGAAACUUGGUUUGUUGUUGAUGUUGUCGUUUCCUUGUAUUGGGUAACUGUAUGACUGAAAACAUUCCUUUCAUGACAAGUGAGGUUAAUACGCAUUGUUACUGGUUAUUUGUAUUUUCCUUUUUAUAAAUCUAUUGCUCAUUAUUUGUUUUUAUUUACUAAAUAGACUUAAAGUGAAUAUAAUAUAUUGAGACCAAGACCAUCAUAUUGAUAAGAGAAUCUAUUUAUGUUCGUAGUGCCUGUCUUCAGGAGUUAGUCUUGUUACUGUUAAAUAGCAAGAAGUAGAAUAGUAGUGUUUUUAUUACUAACAUUAAAUAUUAUGUGUACAUGCUCUAAAAUUGCUCAGUAAAAUGUUUUAUUUUAUUGAGCAUGCUUAAUUAUGGAAAGCAUAGAAAGUUUUGUAGCAUUUCUGAUAGAUGAAGUAUUGUUUUCCCCUGUAUGAGUACCAUACUGAAAUGAAAACUCAUUUGUCGUAUCAUUAUAAUAAAAUGAUAAGAAUUGUGGAAUUUUA